AUGGCGGAUUUCCAAGACUUGUGUGGGCUGCCCUACUGUGGGGGAGCGAUCGACGGCACUUUCAUGGAGAUUGAGAAGCCUGUAGCCCAUGGCGAUGUUUAUUGGUGCUACAAAAAAUAUCCAGCCAUAAUGAUUCUCGGAACUGUUGAUGCCAGAGGCAUCUUCAUCAACGUGAACUGUGGCAGACCUGGCUCUGUUGGAGACGCAGCAACCUUUGCAGCAUCUGCACUGAGGCAAAAGAUAGUGGACAAGGUGUGGUUGGUCAGCGAUCCGUUGCCAAUCGGAGGCAUGGCGAUCCAGCCAUACCUUGUAGCUGAUUCCGCUUUUGCCCUCAACACGUUCACGAUGAAAUGCUUCUCUACCCCUGUCGCUCCUCAGCAGCAGUCAUUUAACUACCGCCUCAUUCGCACCCGCAGAGUAGUGGAACAAGCUUUUGGGAGACUGAAAGGCCGGUUCCGCAUCUUGGUGCAUAGCAGCAUCAGGAAUCCUAGAUUCGCUGCUGAUGUUGCUGUGGUUGCGUGCUCGCUGCAAACCUUGUGCGAGCGCUGGAGCUGUCCGUUUGAGCAGCAGUGGACCAUAGAUCCAGCGCAGUACGCUGCACACCAUCCUGGACAGGAUGAGCAUGCGAAUGCGGAGAGAGAGGCAGGUGGUGAUGGUGUCCGCAACGCCAUUGCUGCGUACACACAUGCCAAUUUCCCCUUGCAUCAGGUUUAG